UCUUCCUAACACUAGUAAUCCAAGCAAAGAACAAGUAGAUUAAUCGCGCUUUAGAUUUUCCUUUUUCAUCAAAAAACAUGCAAGGCCUUCUGCGGGCAGCGAGAAUGUGCCACGAGAAGCUAGAGCUUACGAUUUUGGGCAAAUCACAAGCAAAAAACGCAAGGCAAAUCAAGGGCAUAAAUGACAUAUCGGUGAUGGAAUCGCCAAAAAUGCAGCACAAGGGGCUCGAGAACACAACGGUGUCAGAUGUAUUGGUGACCAAAGAAGAACAUAAUAUUAGCUCAUGGCUUAGCUGUAGGAUUGAAGACACCGUUUACAACGCCGCAAAGCAAAUGGCUCAAAACAACAUUGGCUCAUUGGUGGUUCUAAAGCCUGGUGACCAACAUCAGAUAGCAGGAAUCAUCACAGAAAGGGAUUAUGUAAGGAAGAUGGUUGUGCAAGACAGAUCAUCCAAGCACACAAGAGUGGGAGAUAUAAUGACUGACCAGAGCCAAUUGAUAACGGUCACAUCUAACAUGAACAUUCUACAAGCUAUGCAGAUCAUGUCAGAGAAUCACAUACGGCAUGUUCCAGUGAUAGACGGGAAACUUGUGGGUAUGAUCUC